AUGGCGACCUUCCACCCUUUCCCGCGCCUUAUUCCAGAAAUCCGCACCCAGAUCUGGGCACUCGCAACGGAGGAUCGAGUUAUCAGAGUCAAUGAAAGUAACUGGGGUCCGUGGUCGCCCAGCCCAGUGCCAGCUAUAACAAGAGCAUGUCGCGAGUCCCGCAAGCACUGCAGCUACCAGAAAAGCUUCUUCUCAUCAAUUGCAGGAGGACGCUACAUCUGGGUGAGUUUCGAUCACGACACCAUCCACGUACGAAGUACAGUUUUCUGGGGUUUUGAGUUCACGAGGCUUCCGAUCGGCGACAUCAAGCAUUUGAGGAUUGAGCUGGUAGAUGAAGAGGGAAAGGAGGUCGAGGAAGAUUGGUGGUAUCACCACAAGGCUUUACUGCGCGACUUUCCCAAGUUGAAAAGUGUUGAUCUUCUAGUGCCGCUUGAGCUGAGGUUUUAUGGGCAAUAUAUUGAGGAUGCGUAUUUUGGAACGUGUGACAGAAAAAACGUGAGGAUUGUGAACAUGAGUACGGGCGAGUGGUUUGAUGACGAGACGGCCGGGCCGUAUAUAGAUUAUAUUGAGUCGUGGGGAGGAGAGCAUCUUGAUUGUAUGACGAGGCUAGUAGAAUGGGAUGUUGAUGAAGAGUCGAGGAAGGAAAGGGUAGAGGAUAUGAAACAGCUUCAGAUGCCGAGGCCGCGGAUUAAUUUAGAUUAUCAAUAG